AUACAUGGACAUUUUGCGUCGAUUUAAAGAUUCUGAAAUGUUUAAGCAAAAGCCUUUUCAUAACUAUUUCACCUUAACUCUAAAUAGUACUGAUGCUUGUUAAAGACUAAAUAUGCUACAAUAGAAGUGUUGAAACCUUCAUAAAUCCAUUACAAAAUUACAUUACAAAUCGUGUAUGUCCACUCCAACAAUGAAGGACACUGUUCUGUAUUCUAUUUAGAAAAAAAAUAAAAUAAAAACAAAACAAAAACAAAAACAACACACAAUUUACAUUUUAAGAAGAUUUGAAUAUUUUAUGAAAUAUAGAUAUAUAUUUUUUCAUUAUCAGGCCAUCGUUGAAGAUAAAGUCGACGAAAGGUUUCACCACCUAGAAACAACACGAGUGAAACUUCUUACACAACAUGAACAACGGAAGGGAGGACAACUACAGUUCAAUUUCGGUUUGGUCAGCGAAUCAGUACAAACCUGGACCCACCGGAAAGCUGAAAAUGGAGACCAAUUUGUCGAUACCUUGGUGUUGGCUAAUCCAGAGGAUCUCAUGUUAGAAUGUGAAAAACAUAUCAUCUGCUGUCCCGGUACGAAGUGGUACCUUCAAAGACAGGGGAGGAUCAAGUCGAACUGUGACUUCUAUGUUAAAAUUAUCCAUAAGGAAAAACCUCCAACAGCCCUGAGUACAUUACAUCAUAUCAACACUUACAUCCCAGCCUGCGUGGACUUCUGUAUUUCUGGUGCUCUCUCUUUUGCUUCGGAGUCAGCAGGAGUUGUGAGUGUGGGUGCUGCUAGCAGCCAAACUAGUCAGCCGCCAGUUCCUCCAUUUGGAACCCAUACCAGCAAUGUUAACACUGAAGAUGUAGACAGACAGAAUACUGCCACUAUCCCUGGAGCAAUCACAGACGUCGUACUGACACUGAACAGCCACCUAAACCAACAAGAUAGCCUUAAACUUGUCAAGCACAUGGGGUGUCUUGGGCACAUUCCCCCAACACAAGACAGGAGCCGAAGAGAGGACAUCCGGUACGAUUACUGGUACACUGCAUUCAUAGAAUGCUAUUACCAUCUUAAAGAUCAAUUCGUCAACCGAGUCUUGGAAGGUCUGAAGAAAAUGGGACAUGAACGCUUGGUACAGCUCGUGGAUAUCCAUGCUCCACGGAACAGGAUAGCAUGCAUCCCUCCACACAAUCAUCGCACUGCACAGGAAGAUGAUCAUGACAGGCAUACACAAAUUACACAACCAUCAUCAGCAGAUAGCAAAAACGAGGGUUAAACAAGGAAGAGCUUGGAAUUUAUAAGAUUAGGUUCUUGUAGAAGGUCCUUUAACGGUAAUACAUUGAAUAUGUAUAAAUGAAAAAUAGCUGACUUUUGGUAUAUCAAUUGAUGAUCAAUGUACUUAGUAUACUGAAUGAAUACAUAUAUUGUAUCACUUAAUUGAUGAACAAUGUACUUAGUAUACUGAAUGAAUACUUAUAUCGUAUCACUUAAUUGAUGAACAAUGUACUAAGUAUACUGAAUGAAUACUUAUAUCG